AUGGCAGGAUCAGCACCAGAAGGUACACAGUUUGAUACGCGUCUGUUUGGUCAUAAGCUCAAUUUAGUGUUAGUCUUCAACAUCUUUACUUUUAAUACUUGCUCCUCUUUUAUUUUUUGCUGUAUUUGGCUAGCGUUGUCAUCUCUAUCUGGGUGGCGCCUGGUGGAACAGGAUUUCACCGUGUAUAAUAAGGUCCAUAAGAGCUUUGAUGACAUGGGUUUGCAAGAGAACCUUCUGAGGGGUAUUUAUGCUUAUGGUUUUGAAAAGCCUUCUGAUAUUCAGCAAAGAGGAAUUGUACCCUUUUGCAACGGUCUUGAUGUGAUGCAGCGGGCACAGUCCGGUACUGGCAAAACCGCUACUUUCUGCACUGGUGUCUUGCAGCAGCUUGACAUCACCCUUGUCCAGUGCCAGGCUCUUGUCUUGGCUCCCACCAGGGAGCUUGCUCAGCAGAUUGAGGAGGUCAUGCGUGCUCUAGGAGAGUACCUUGGCGUCAAGAUUCAUGCCUGUGUUGGUGGAACCAGUGUUAGUGAGGAUCAGCGUAUUCUCCAAGCUGGUGUCCAUGUGGUCGUUGGAACUCCCGGUCUUGUCCUUGACAUGCUCAGAAGACAGUCUCUUCGCUCUGAAUGCAUCAAGAUGUUUGUCCUUGAUGAUGCUGAUGAAAUGCUCUCCCGUGGUUUUAAAGAUCAGAUCUAUGACAUAUUCCAGCUACUCCCACCAAAUAUUCAGGUAGGAGUGUCCUCAGCUACAAUGCCACCAGAAGCUCUCGAGAUCACAGAGAAGUUCAUGAGAAAACCAGUGAGUAUCUAUGGGAAACUUGACGAGCUCAGAGUUCGAGGCAUCCAACAGUACUAUGUGGAGAAAGAAGAGUAUAAGCUCGAAAUUCUCUGUGCCCUCUACCAUAUUCUACGCAUCACUCAGAGUGUCAUAUUCGUCAACACUCGUAGCAAGGUGGAGUGGCUCACUGACCAAAUGAGAAGCCGUGACUACACGGUCUCAGCUAUUCACGGAGACAUGGACCAAAACACAAGGGCCAUUAUCAUGAGAGAGUUCAGGUCUCGUUCUUCGGGUUUUCUCAUCACAACCGAUGGUAUCGAUGUGCACAUAUGGAAUGCGCAGCAAGAAUAUACUGUAAUUAACUAUGACCUCCCAACUCAGCCGGAGAGCUACCUUCACCGUAUAGGAAGAAGUGGAGAGAUUGAGAGGCAAGGAGUGGCGAUUAACUUAGUGACUCAUGAUGAUGAGAGAAUGCUUACUGAUAUUGAUAAAUGCUAG